CAUGAACUUUGGGUUUCGUUUCAAGUAAGCCAAGCCAACCAAAUUCCCCUAAUCGAAUGUAUGAAAGAAUGUGUAAAAAUAGAAUCAGACUCUGCUCACCAUUGAUGAUUGUCGCAAGAGAUUGCUCAAUUUUCAACAGUAAGAUUGUUUAAAGGGGAAUCUUGAGGCCUGUUCCCAGUUGGAGAAACAAUUGCUCGAGUAUUUGACACUUUUGGAUGAAAUUCUGAAACAGCCUCUCCAAGAGGAAAUUACCUUCUCUUGGAAUGAUUCCUACGAGCCUGUAAGUCAGAUAGACAUAUUUUUAGAAUAAAUUCACUUAAUCAAAUUAAUGGCAUUACGAAUAUGCAUGCCAAUUAUACAACUUAGGCAUCCUGUACUACCAUCAGGCCCAGAAUGAACAGCAAAUCAAAAUUUCUCUAAACAAAACUCGAAACAUGCUUUGGAGUUAUCAAAGACUGCAAGAAGUCUUGCCCUUUAUUAAUUCUAAAAUUGUCUAGCAACACUCAGAUCUCUCAGUUGUUCACAUCUACAUGUUGAAUAGUUAUGUAAUGAUUACGUGUUCCACAUUUAGGCACAAGCUUUUGGAUAUAAAAAGCUCUAUGAUCAUUUCAAAACUCAAAAGGGGAAUUAGGAAUAACUGGACAGUCUCAGUCUUCUGCAGGAGGCUAAUAAAUAGUAUGACUCGGCAAUACGAUAUUUGAUAUAAUCCAAGUAAUGCAACAAAAAAUAGAUUCCACCAAUUAUUUACAAUCAACUAUUGGAGAAACUAACCAAUGAUAGCACAAUAUCGGAGGUCAUUCUAUACAUCGGCUUGGGAAAACUGAUGUCAGAGACAGCCAAAGAGUUCCCCAAAGAGUAGAGAAUGGGAAAGGCAAUAGCUUAUAUCAAUAAGGCUGAAUCAGCCAUAGCAACCAUCUUCAAAAAAUAUAAAUAAAAAAAUGAGUUCCUAGUUACACAAUAGUAAUUCCAUUUAUUUAAAGUGCUAGACCUUAAAUUGCAAUUUUAAAGAAGGAGUAUGUCUACUUGAAUGACAAGGUGAACAAGAACCCGAUUGCCAAAGAGUAUGAAUUGUUGCCACUCCCUCUGAAGCAAGAUUUGAUCAAGCCCAAAGCACCUGAUGUUUACGAUCAGAAUUAUGAAUAAAAGCAGAAGCAAGAGGAUGAGAAGAGACUUGGUGUAAUAAAGCUAAUUGAGGAGAUCAAUUCAAAAAAGUUGUAGGCAAAUUAGAAAUUGGUUGAGUUCUAAAAUACUUAUACGACCAUAUUCAACAAAUAUAAUCUACAAUUUAUGUUAGACGCAUUUUAAAAUGCUGAAUCUUUGAAACUAACACCUUCCAUUUAAGAGAAGGUAAACUUCAUCAAGGAAAGGGGUGGUUGGAAAGGCUAUUAACAAUAGAUCAAUAAAAUUCAUCAAUUGUAAUAGGAUUAAGGAAGGCAGUUGAUUAAAAUAAAGAACAUGAUUGAACAGCAGUCUUAAAAUGAAGGCAACGCAGAGCAGGGAAAGAAACAAUUAAGUCAACAAUAAAUUGAGGUCUUUAAAAGAGUGCUAGAUGGUAUUUUUAAGGUUUUAAUGUUCGUCUAGAUGUGCAGAAGAGACUCCUAGAGGCUAGUUACAUUAACAAAAACAAUGAGGACUAGGUGCAAAAAGUGAGGGAUCAAUUAUUAUUUGUUGAAUAAAAUAACAAUUAGAUGAUUAGUAGCAAAAUACAAACUUCUUUGUAAGAGUCGUAAAAGUUUUACAGGCAGAAUAUUCAAAAUUUGAGAACUUUGUCAUUGUCUAUUGAGAUUAUCAGCAAUAAGUUGGAACUGAUAAAACAAUAAUUAGCGAGUUUAGAGAAGUACAUUGAUGAUUUGAGAUUGGAUAAAAGUAUGAACACAGGACUAGAUUAAUUUUUAUAACAAUAGGUUAUGAAGAUCAUCAACUAGAAGAUUAAUGAUUAUAAUGCUAUAGUAAGAAAAGCUUGUAAUUAUGAUAGUUCUAAUCAAUAAAUCUUACUUAAUUAGAAGAGGCUUCGAAUCAAUUGACAUAGCAUACGACGUUUAUGGAUAUUGCAAAUCAAGAUGAAGCUGAAUUUGAGAAUUCGCUGCUGACAAUUACUGAAGCCUUCCAAAAUUUGGAUUAUGGUCAAUAGUUCUAUGAGUAUCCAAUAAAUUCUAUUAUCUAGAUCGAUAUCCUUGCAGAUAACAUAAAUAGCUUCGGCUCUGUAGGAACUAAUCAAUAGUGUUAAUAAGUGAUGGGAU